UACAAGAAAAUAAAAUAGGUCUAGCUUCCCAAAGAAGCAAUCUAAGCUUCUCAAAGAAGCUUACACAAAAGACGGACAACCGGCGAACGGAGUCGGCCGAGGACGGCAACCGACAACGACUUGGGCCGAAACUCUUUUCUUUGCGGCAUCAAUGAAGGAUACGGCAACACCAAUGACGAGAUAAAAAGGUAAAAAAGGUGACGAAAAAAACAAAAUAACUACAGACAUCUAAUAAAAUCGGAACGAUAAAAGCUACCGUGUAAAGGCCAGAUUUUGCAAAUAAAACAAACCCAAGACGAUGAUCACUCAAGUGAUCACCGAGAUAGGUGUUUCUGAAAAAGGGCCCAUUUUUAAAACCCAGAAAACAAUUAAAACAACCUUUAUGAGUUUCCUUUUUACAAAUUUGAGUAUUUUGAUAUUGGUUUUCCUGUAAAUAAAUUUCCCGCAAAGCUUACCCUUUGCCCUAAUUUUCCCGGGAAAAAUUAACAGCCACUCGACAAACUGCCCAGGUGAAAUCAAUCUCUCACUUUCUCUCUCCUCUUCACCAACUCUCUCUCUUCCCUCACAUGGUGUAGAUCUUCUGCCUCUCUCCCAUUAUCGUCUUCAUCUGCCUCUCUUUUUUCUAUAUAUAUCUUUAAUCCUCUUUCUUCUGCACAAAAAAGAGAGAAAACCCCAGAAAAAUCUGAAUCUGCAUCUUCAAAAAAGGCAUCAACAAUGGCGGAUGAAGAAGAUCUCGCUAACCCCACCUCGUAUCUGAUCAACCAUCCAUCAAAGAUUGCUCGCCCUACUCUCUCAUUGGACAAGAAGGUGGAAGAGGGCCCCACAACCCCAUCUAGAAUCAUCGACCGUAUGAUCAAUUCCAAUCACUACCCUUCUCCUUCUAGAACGAUUUUGAGUGAUCGGUUUAUUCCGUCUAGAACUUCUUCCAAUUUCUCGCUUUUCAAUCUUACGCCGUCGCCUUCUUCGAGUUCGCCGCAGAGUGGUAAGCAACAGCCGCAGCCCGAUGGGGCCCGAGGGGAGGAAUCUCCUAGUGCAAGUGCGUAUACUUCGCUUCUUCGGGCUGCGCUUUUCGGGCCUGAUUCUGGGUCUUUCUUCCCUGGUACGCCGGAUAAGGGGUGCGCCGGGAAUCGGAAUAUAUUCCGGUUCAAGACCGAGACGAAGCGGCCGUUGCCAUCGUUGAUGCCGUUCGGGCCCGAUGAUUCGAUCCCCGGGGUUAGUUAUAGCCCCGUUAAGACUCCCCGGAAGGUUCCUAGGUCUCCAUUUAAGGUACUGGAUGCACCGGCAUUGCAGGAUGAUUUUUAUUUGAAUUUGGUAGAUUGGUCUUCACACAAUGUACUUGCUGUGGGAUUAGGCAAUUGUGUUUACUUGUGGAAUGCUUGCAGUAGCAAGGUGACUAAAUUAUGUGACUUGGGGACAGAUGAUAGUGUUUGUUCAGUUGGAUGGGCUCAACGGGGGACACAUCUAGCUGUUGGUACAAACAAUGGCAAAGUCCAAAUUUGGGAUGCUUCUCGGUGCAAAAGGAUUAGAACUAUGGAAGGUCAUCGGUUCCGUGUGGGCGCGCUAGCGUGGAGUUCUUCUGUGUUGUCUUCUGGUAGCCGAGAUAAAAAUAUAUUCCAAAGAGAUAUACGUGCUCAGGAUGAUUAUGUCAGUAAACUAACUGGACACAAGUCAGAGGUUUGUGGGCUUAAGUGGUCGUAUGAUAAUCGCGAGCUAGCAUCAGGCGGGAAUGACAAUAGACUUUUUGUGUGGAACCAACAUUCAACUCAACCUGUAUUAAAGUAUGCUGAGCAUACAGCAGCAGUGAAAGCAAUUUCCUGGUCUCCCCAUCUUCAUGGGCUUCUUGCAUCUGGUGGUGGUACUGCUGACCGAUGCAUACGUUUUUGGAAUACAACCACUAAUUCACAGUUGGGAUGCAUGGACACUGGUAGUCAGGUUUGCAAUCUUGUGUGGUCUAAAAAUGUCAAUGAACUUGUCAGUACCCAUGGAUACUCCCAAAACCAAAUAAUUGUUUGGAGAUAUCCUAGCAUGUCAAAGUUAGCAACUCUUACAGGGCAUACUUACAGGGUCCUCUAUCUUGCAAUUUCACCAGAUGGGCAGACCAUUGUAACUGGUGCCGGAGAUGAAACACUCAGAUUUUGGAAUGUCUUCCCAUCUUCCAAGUCUCAGAACACUGACAGUGACCUCGGAUUUCAAUCACUUGGAAGAACUCAAAUCCGGUGACAUGUACUACUACUACUACUAAUCCUAUUUAUUGUAGAACCUUAUACACAUGUAUUAAUCAGCAAACAAGAGAUUGCUCGUCUCUUGAAGGCUCCAGAAAAGGCUACGCGAAAAAAGAAGAAGAAGAAUGCAUGAUAGCGAUUUGUCCUCCUCAGGCAAACCCUACGUACAACUUCUGGUCUGCUGCUGCUGCUGGUGCUGCUGCUGCUGCUGGUGGCCGGGUGCCUUGUAUCUCAUCUCAGAGCAAAGGGGAAGCCCCGACGAUUUUGUCAUUAUAGUUGGAUGGGAAAUUACUUAAUUACUAGAAUAUUUUUGUCUGUUUUACAUGUAUAGAGUGGGAGUUGUUGUUCUCCUGUUAAAUACGGAGUAUACUCCAUAGGGGCCCCAAAGAUGAUCACGGUGCUAAAUGUUCAAUCUUUGUAAAUAAGAUGAUUGUCACACGUACUUUUCUCAUUUCUUAUUUGAGAGCUAUUUUCGUUCUCA